AAAUUCGAAUUUCCAAAUUAUUUAUAUCUUUAAUCAAAACAAGUAAACAAGUCUAUCUGUCUCAGCUGUGCCACAGCAGUUUACUUGUUGUAUCAUAAACAAGAUGGCAGCACUAUAGACUAACUUUCGAAUAAAAUAUUCUAGAAAGUUAGGUUAAAGAUAUUUAAAAUUUCUAUAUCAAACUUAAGUUUAUCAAGUGCUCGAUUUUAUCGCUUGUUUGUUUAUCAAAAAGCAAUGCAUUGAAUCUUUAAUUCUAUUUUAUUUAAACAAUGUGCAUCAAUGCCCAGCAUUUAUUAUUUUAAUUUUUACUAAAAUUGUGUUAAAUUGAUAUUGUUUCUCACCAAUUUCACUACUGACGAAUAUUUGAUGUUUGUUUAAAAGCAAUAGAACACGUGACUUAAAAAUUCAAAUUCGACUGAACUACAAUCAUUUAGCGUUGGCAUGAUGGUCAACUUAUCGCUAUUUUUUCACAGGAUAUUAUUGAACUGUUUAAUUUCAGAUGUUAUAAAUUCGAUGUGACGUGAAUAUUCAAAGUUAUUUUUUAAAUCGUAGACAUAAUUAUUAUCCAAGCCUAAUUUUGCCCAGUGGAGAUAAAUUUCUUUUUUAACGUAAUAUUUUGAAAGGUUAUUUUAAUUCCAGCAGUCUGGAAAGCUUCGAAGUCUCUCUGCAAGCAAUAAAAUGUAUAAUUUUGAGUCAAUUCGUAAAAUAAACCUGGGAGAAAAUCCUAACUCGUCCACCAGUAACCAAUUUUAUCGAAGUAUAAUUAGAAAUGUUACACCUCUUUAUGGUUAUAUAGAUAAUUUAUCACAUUUUAAUCAUAUGCCCAAUCGUUCUCAGAUUCGUAAUUCAUUCUUUCCAUUUCAUCUUAAUCCUACACCAGCUUGUAGUCGUAUUGAUAAUUCACUCAUUCCAUCGCAUCUUAAUCAAAUCAAUCCUCCUUCAUGGGAAAUAAAAAACGAAAUUCCUAUGGAUGAUUCAUUAACGCAUAGAAACCUUUUAAAUUCAACUUCUGAAAUUUUAAAGGAUAAUUCUACAGAAAUUAAUCUACAGAGCCCUGCUCUUUUGUAUGCACCAGAAAAUCCUGUGAGUAUCACUUCUAGUAAUUUAUAUAGAUCAACAGAAAAUGAAUCUACAUCAACAAGUGCUAUGAAACUGGAUUUGCAGAGAUUAGUGGAGAAUGAUUCUACAUCAACAAGUGCUUUGAAACUGGAUUUGCAUAGAUUAGUUGAGAAUGAUUCUGCAUUAACAAGUGCUAUGAAGCGGGAUUUGCAUAGAUUAGUAGAUAAUGAUUCUACAUCAACAAGUGAUAUGAAACUGGAUUUGUAUAGAUUAGUUGAGAAUGAUUCUACAUCAACAAGUGUUGUAAGUAUAACAAUGCAAGAGAGUAAUCCGGAACUAAAUUAUAUGAAUUUUUGUUCUAGUUUAGAAACUAACAAAGUUAUGCUGCCUGAUUGUGUUAUCAAAAUUGAAAAUGAUACUUUUAGUUGUUCCAAGAGUGAAAAUGAUAUCAAUAAUGCAGGAUAUUGCGAUAUGCCAUUAAUUUCUCGAAAGCAAAAGGCAAAAUAUUCUAAGCCCUAUCAAUUUAUUGACCCUGAAUCUUUUGAUACAAUUAGCAAUGUUGUUGUAGAAAAUGUUUUUAGCUUGAAAGACAAUGAGAAAAUCAGUAAUGAUUGUCACUUUUACGAAAAAAAUUUGUGUUCUCGCUUUUCUAAAAACACUUACAAAUGCAGCUUUUGUUCAAAAUUUUUUAAUCUCAAAGUUAUUUUAAAUGCUCAUAUACUUAGAGAUCAUAAAACGAAAAGAUUUCAGUGUCAUAACUGUUUAAGGAAUUUUAAUUCCAAAACUGAAUGUAAGGUACAUUUUAUAACUACUCACAUGUAAUUAUUGCUUUAAAAGUUUUAAGAAAAAGUUUAUUCUUAUUGAACAUUAUCAUACAUUCCAUAAAAUCACUGUUCUGUUUUGGCAUGAAAGGCAAUUAAGUAAUAAUGAUAAUUUUAAAUCUAUUAGGAGUAAAAAUGGCUGAAACAAACCAGUUUGCCCACUGUGUCGCUCUGAAUGUUGGUCAAAAAUAAAUUUGAUGAGGCACUAUAGUAAAGUUCACAGGAUUCACUUUAGAGCUGUUUGCAUUGUAUACAAUAAAAACUGUUUUUAUUUCGGUGUUCUUAAGAAUCAUUACCAACACCAUUGUCUUUGUCCAUUUUAUUGUUGUGACUGUAAAAAACUUUUCCAAACUAUGUCCUCAUUUAAACUUCAUAACUGUAAAAUUGCGAUUGAUAGUGGAGCUUAUUCUUGUUUUAAACUUAAGCAUAA